AUGGAGGAACUAUCGGUUGAUAAAUUUCGAAAUGAACGAUGGCGUGACUUAAGACGUCUUACCGACGGGAAAUCGGCUUUUGCCCAUCCAGCCUUCGAACCAGGAGUGCAGAACUUGGAAACAGUACAAAACUGCCGUGUAUUAGUGGUCGGAGCCGGUGGAUUAGGAUGUGAAUUAUUGAAAGAUUUGGCAUUAUCUGGUUUUCGAAGGAUCGAAGUGAUCGAUAUGGAUACGAUUGAAUUGUCCAAUCUGAAUAGGCAGUUCCUUUUUCGUGAAACUGAUGUGGGUAAAUCAAAAGCCGAGGUAGCGGCAGCAUUCAUCCGGAAACGAAUCCCAGAUUGCUCUGUAGUCGCUCAUAACUGUAAGAUACAGGAUAAGGAUGACCAGUUUUAUCGAUCGUUCGACAUCAUUAUUUGUGGUUUGGAUUCUGUGGUUGCAAGAAGAUGGCUUAAUGCUAAAUUGGUAAGCAUAGUGGAAUUCGAUCCGGAUGGUAAUCCAACAGGCAUUAUACCUUUAAUUGAUGGUGGCACAGAAGGAUUUAAGGGGAAUUCUCGAAUAAUACUGCCUACGAUGACUGCUUGUGUCGAAUGUACUGUUGAUCUGUACCCACCACAGAUCACUUUUCCUAUGUGCACGAUAGCAAAUACUCCUCGACUUCCUGAACAUUGCAUUGAAUAUGUGAAAGUAAUACAGUGGCAUAAGGACAAACCAUUUAAUGGUGAAGCGAUGGACACUGAUAACAUGGAACACGUGCAAUGGGUGUUUAAAGCUGCUUUAAAAAGGGCUAACAAAUACAAUAUCAAAGGAGUUGAUUUAAGACUUACAAAAGGUGUUCUGAAGCGAAUAAUUCCGGCUGUGGCAUCUACCAAUGCUGUUAUUGCAGCAUCAUGCGCACUGGAGGCUUUGAAACUAGCUUCAAACAUUUCAUGCCCAAUGCAAAACUAUCUCAAUUUUACAAAUAUUGAGGGAGCUUUCGUGGGAGUUGUCGAAUUGGAAAAAAGACUGGACUGUUUAGUAUGUGGUGAACAGGCACAGUACGUAGAUAUACCCGCCAAAGAAACACUGCGCCACUUGCUAGAUGAAAUUAUAAAAAGAUAUCAGCUUUGUAAUCCAUCAAUACAAACAGCAAAGGAAAAAUUAUAUAUGAAAAGCGAUCUGAUACCUGAAUUGAAUGAAAUCAGCACUGCCAAUUUAUCCAGAACUUUGGAAGAUCUCGGCCUGGCAAAUGGUGACGAACUUCUUAUUGCUGAUGAAACUCGGGCUCGACCAAUUUCCUUACGUAUUCGUUACCAAGGAGAUUAG